AUGGCGAUUAUUUGUGCUGCAUCAGCAACGCUGGCCCUGCCAGCCGUCAUGCGUAAUGUCUUUCGCUCCCAGUUCGCCAGUGACUUGGCCUCUUCGACGAUCCCCUACCGUUUCGCCUCUUGCCCUUCCUUUUCCUCCUCAAAGCACCGAGCAUUCAACUCGGGUCCAUACUUGCGUGAUUCUGAGAAUGAGCGAUCGGAGCAGACGACUCCCGAGUCAUCGGUCACCAAUGCCGCCACACCUUCCGGCAAGCCAAGAAAGCAAUUAUCUGGCCCUCCGCGCACCAACAAUGGAUGGAAGCCGAUGAAGAGUCACCCAAGAAAACCAGAAAAUGAAGUCAAGAGAAGCGACAGAGAGCGCAAGGCAUUCCGCACAGAGGCUCGCAAAGAGGCUCGCCAGGAAGGUCGAACCGACCCAGGCAAGGACUCGCACUGGAACAAAGACUCAAAGUUGACAUCAAAUGGAAAGAAACAUAAGAAGGAGAAUUGGCAAAUCCAAAAAGCCGCCUUAGAAAAGAAGUUCCCUCAGGGUUGGAACCCACCCAAGAAGCUCUCUCCUGAUGCGCUCGAUGGAAUCCGUCAUCUACACGCGAAAGCGCCUGAGCAAUUCACAACGCCUGUACUUGCAAAGGAAUUUGAGGUGUCCCCGGAAGCUAUUCGCCGAAUUUUGAAGAGCAGAUGGCAGCCAUCUGAAGACGAACAGGAGAGCCGGCGCCAGCGAUGGGAGAAGCGACACGAUCGAAUUUGGAGUCGUAUGGCUGAGCUUGGUCUCCGCCCUGAAACCAAGCGUACGAAGCCCAUUUCAGAUGCUCGAGUGUUGUAUGGCGACAAAGACAACGGCGGACGCAAGUAG